GCCUCGGCUCCUCCUCCUCCCGCCUCCUCCUCUAGCCUGGCACGGGAAGGCGAGGGGUUGUCGAACGAGCGAGAAAGGGAAGAGGAGGAGGCCGAAGUGCCUCGGGGGCCCGAAAAGAGCGGCGCCUCGGAAGGGAGGAAGGAAACCUCGCGGUUGCGCGGAGAGCAAGGGCGAGCGGCGGCGCCACGGCCCUUGGCGAAGGAGAAGCAGCGCGCCGUCCUCUCCGCUAGCGCAGCCGCGAGAACUUUUCGUCGGUGGGGGGGAAGGAAGGCGAGAAGCUCGUCUCCCCCCACAGAGCAGGCGGAGUCCGCCCUCGGUAUUUUCCACCAAUGUGAAUAAAAGCGGGGGAAGCCUGAAGAAACAUUUCUGUCCGAUUAAAAGCACAAAGAAUUGGAUCUUGCCAUUUUUUGGAGGGAUACCCUCUGCACUUAAAGUUAUCUUGUAUAACCUGAGGAAGAGGAAACCUUUUAAGAACAGGUUUGGGGACCUGUGUUAUUGUUGUUUUUCUGUUUUUUUCUCAUAAAAAAUAUUAAUUACGUUUUACAUGGGAUGUUUUGGAUGCCUUAAGUAGCUCCAUUGGUUGCUGAGUGGAAAUCUUGAGCUGACUUGAGCAGUUAAAAUACCAUCGCUUUGGUUUUUCCAUCCUGCUUGUUUGUAGGCACAAGUGAAUCUUUACAAAAUGGACAAAUACGAUGACCUGGGUCUGGAGGCGAGUAAAUUCAUAGAAGAUCUCAAUAUGUAUGAAGCCUCCAAAGAUGGGCUCUUUCGAGUAGACAAAGCAGUUGGGAACAACCCAGAAUUUGAAGAAACGAGGAGGGUUUUUGCUACCAAAAUGGCCAAAAUUCACCUUCAGAAACAGCGAGAACAAGAGGAAUUGGUGAACUCAGCCUCGGGGGCUCCAAAUGGCGGGGCUGGUUUUGGCCUUCAGCAUCUGCUCCCAGGCCAUCCUGUGGCUAGAAGCACUGCAGGAACAAAUAAACUGCAUUCAGGAGAAAAUAUAGCAAAGCCCCCUCUGGCUACACCGUCAACCGUGUGUGCAGGCCAUCAACUUGCCUUCCCAAACCACCCCCAAGCACAUGCUGAUGGAGAGCGAACAAAGUUAUACCAGGAUGACAAGAGGUCCAGCGAUGAUUACGGAUACAGUGAAAGUCUCCAGGGUUCUGACGUUUCUGGAGGACAUAGUUAUCAGAGAGCAGGUCAGCUGAACCCAUGUAAUCCUAAGACAUCUUUUUGCUCUCUUUCUCAUGAGGAGCCCAAUAACAGUGAUAACCGGGCAAGCCUUCAAAGUUGGGGAAGAGAUGCUGGCAAGUUUUCUAGCCUGAAAUCCAGCAUGGGCCCCCAUUUAUGGUCCAGUGUUAAUCAUGACGAGUUGUUGCAGAGAAGUCCUACGAAACCUCAGGCAGAUCUCCAUUCAUACCAGCAGCCACGGAACUCCUACAGGUCUUCAGAAAGCGGGUAUGGAAGUCAGGAAAGCAGUGGCGAAGGCCCGGGGCUUAGCCAAAGCUAUGAGCUGAAUCCAGGUUGCCCGAGAUCAUCGUCUUUCUCUAAGGCCUGUACCCCGUUAGCCUCUUCCACUGGGUUUGGUGAUGAGUUGUCCGCAGAAUAUUCGCAGCAGAGGUCUCCGUCAUUCUCUGGACGCCCUUCCAAUCGGUCUGAUGAUUUUAACCCAAACUGUGGCAUGGAAUUGUGGGCUUCUGGUACUCCAAACAAAAGCAAUGGUAAUAUUCAGUCGAAACAUAGUGACAGUACUCAGCCUUCAGCUUCCGGCCUCCUUCCUGCUCCCCUACCUCCAAGUGUAGAUUAUCAACAAACUAACACUCAUCCGAAACCGACAGGUCAUUUUGUAGUCCACGGUCAAAAUCACAGGCUCAAUUGUGCUGGGUCUGGCAUGAGUCCCGAGCAGAAUUCCAUCUGCUCAACAUCUCAUGGGCCAAUGAUUUCUGAUGUUCGGAAAUCUCCUUUUAAAGAGGGCACCGCCACUCUGCGGCAUGACUCUGGUCACCACGAAACCACCGCUUCUGCAAAAAUAAAGCUACCCUGCCAGACACUCCUUCCUCAGCAGGAACAGGGUCCAUCCACAGCUGAAUUAAAAUUAGAAGCUCUUACCCAGCGCCUGGAGCAGGAGAUGGAUGUUUGUCCAAAGGCUGACUACUUUGGAACCUGCGUGAAGUGCAACAAAGGUGUAUAUGGUGCAAACCAAGCUUGCCAGGCAAUGGGGAAUCUCUACCACGACGGAUGCUUUACCUGUGGGGCAUGUAGUCGGAAGCUGAGAGGAAAAGCCUUUUAUUUUGUUAAUGGGAAAGUGUUUUGUGAAGAAGACUUCCUGUAUUCAGGCUUCCAGCAGUCAGCUGACAGGUGUUUCAUAUGUGGCCAUUUGAUCAUGGACAUGAUUUUGCAAGCUCUGGGGAAGUCUUACCAUCCUGGCUGCUUUCGUUGUGUGAUCUGCAAUGAAUGUCUGGAUGGAGUGCCGUUCACGGUAGACAGCGAGAACAAAAUCUACUGUGUCCGAGAUUACCACAAGGUUUUGGCGCCAAAAUGUGCAGCCUGUGGUCUUCCUAUUCUGCCAAGUGAGGGAUCCGAUGAGACUAUACGUGUUGUGUCAAUGCACAAGGAUUACCAUGUGGAAUGUUACUGCUGUGAGGACUGCGGCAUGGAACUCAACGACGAAGACGGACAUCGGUGUUACCCCCUAGAUGACCACCUGCUCUGCCAUUCCUGCCACCUUAAACAUAUAGAGAAAGGCACACCAACUCAUGCGGAUGCCUACGUACACCAUUUCUAGCCAGUUCUGCCAAACUUCCCAGAAGCCUGCCAAGGGAAGGGUUUUCGCAGCUGUCGUUUUUGAGGUGCGUAUCUACCUCAGCUGGCGAUUUGCAGCGAGAAGAUGAAGGAAGAGGCUCUCUUAUUUUCUUUCUUUUUGGCCUUGUGCAUUGCGUUGUGUGGCAAUUGCACACAACACAGGAUUUGUUUUCGUUUCGGACAAAAACUUGCAGUAUUAGCUGGAGUGAUUUGUGGCUCCUUUUGUGCUUCUCCCCCCCCCUUUUUUUUUUUUGCUGGGAGAAAGUGGCGGGAGAGACUGUUUUCUUCUCGAGUCAUUUGAGAGGAAUCUUGAGCAAGCAAAAUCACAACAAAUACCCUUUAAAGGACACAAGAAAGUGCCACAAAUAAGUGACAAUACACCUGCACAUCUCAUCUGAGAGCCAGUGUGGUGUAGUGGUUAAGAGCGAUAGACUCGUAAUCUGGGGAACCGGGUUCGCUUCCCCGCUCCUCCACAUGCAGCUGCUGGGUGACCUUAGACCAGUCACACUUCUCUGAAGUCUCUCAGCCUUACUCACCUCACAGAGUGUUUGUUGUGGGGGAGGAAGGGAAAGGAGAAUGUUAGCCGCUUUGAGACUCCUUCGCGUAGUGAUAAAGCGGGAUAUCAAAUCCAAACUCUUCUUCAUCUUGUGGCUUCUUGUUCUGAUAGUCAAUCAGGGAAACACAACGUCCAGCCCGCAAGCAAGUCUGAGCAGACUCUCGUGAUGUUUUUAAUUUGUGGUGACCGAGACGUAAUCACCUGCCUUUCCUUACAUUGGUGGAAGUUAUCCUAUUGUCCUAUCCUAUUGCAUGCAGGUUGGAGGGCCUGAUCUGCCCUCACCAUUCGUUUUAGAAACCCAGCUCUUCUUUCUACCUGUUCCCACAGCUCAGCCACCAGCAAGUGUUGUUGUGGAGUAGGGACAAAACAUUGCCGCUUAACUUCACAACAGGGAUGGUGAUGAUGAGAUCAUCUCCCGGGAUGCUGCUAUUUGCUAAUCCUCCGCAUGUCAGAUAAAUAAGCUUUUCUGUGAGGAAAAACCCAUCGAACAAGGCAAGCCGAAGAGAGAGGCAGGAUAACAUCAGCAUGCAAAGUGAAGGGUAAAACUGCCACUCCUGUUUUGAAAAACCCCAUAGCUCCGUUUGUUGUGGCCAACUAAAAUGUCACAAAAUAGGGAGCCGAGAGUUCACUGUAACUCUUCAAUCAGGCUGGAUAGUAAACAAGGUAGCCGGGGAUGUGGAAAAUGCUGGCUUGGUAUUGAAGCCAUAAUAUCUGCUUUGGUCAAAUACUCGUUUUUGUUCUAUUGUCUUGGAAGAUGUUGGUUGCAGA